GUUUUACAGAGAACAAAGAAGACUCCGAGCAUCAAGUCAGACAGGCUGGAGGUUGGAGAGCUCUGCUCUCACAGUCUGGGUGAAAACGUGGACAAAAAAUCUGAGAGCUCGCUUGGCAAAGCUCAGCCUCCCUGAACAGAGAAUUUGAAACAGUGAGAAGCAAGUAAUCGAAUGAGAGUGCUGGACAGCUGCCUUACCUGUGUUUGCAGUCUGGAGAAGAUACAGGGAAGACAAAAAGCAAAAAGUUGAAGGCGAGAAAGAGGAGAGUUGGCACUUGGGAGGAGGAAGAAAACCUAAAAAAGCACAUCUGGAGGGAAGCUGUGAUGGAAAAUCUGCCUGUCUACCACGGACCCAUUGGUAAAGAAGAAGGGGAGCGACGGCUGGCCCAGGACGGCAGAGAUGGGUGCUACCUCGUCCGCAACAGUGACUCUGUGGAAGGCGUUUUCUGCCUGUGUGUGCUGUGCAAUGGAUACGUCUACACAUACAGACUCCACAAAGACGACACAGGUUCGUGGGCUGCAGAGACCACUCCUGGUGUGCAGAAACGAUAUUUCCGGAAGAUUAGGAACUUGAUAGCAGCUUUCCAGAAGCCUGGACAAGGAAUUGCCAUGCCUCUGCUCUACCCUGUCACCGCUCAGAGACGGGCGCAAACACACACCGAGCCACCGAUGCCCAGUAGUAGCCCGUCGCCAAUACACAGCAGCCCAAAUCCUUACUUCAAUCAGCUGACGCCACAUGCUGCUCAGGGACAGAAAAACAGGAACAAGAAGGAGGUGCAGCAAGCUUUUGGUUAGGGGCAAACCCUAACCUCACCACUGGGCUAAUUAGGAAGAAAAACACAAUUUUUGCAUAGUUCCUAGCAUGCUGUCUGUGAAGUAAAUGUCAGUUUUUUCCUUGUUUGUUAAGUUCCUUUAGCAGUGACUCAGAUCUCCUUCCAGUAUCUUCUUCCUCUGUGUAUAUGCAGCCCCAUAACUUUCAGAGAUGUGAUGUGAAAUAUUCCACUGCUGGAACAUUAAUAUCCAUUACUGCAUACAUAAGUUGACAACAAAUAUUGUGCUCUGUUCUCUUAAUGCAAUAGAGUUGUGUGAUUGGCAAAGAAAAAUAAAUGAUAUUGGUUUGAAAUAAACUCUUAAAUAAGGUCAUG